UCAAUUUUCCAUUUAUGCCCUGAGAAAUAAAAAAAAACCUAAAAUUAAAAUGAACUAAAAAUUAAAAAUUAAAAGCAAACUAAGUAAAAGCAGCAAUACAACAGUGUUGAAACACCGCUACAAGUGAAAGGGAUUCAUUCAAAAUUUUACACAAGUAAAAGAAUUAGCUCCAAAAUACACUCACAGUACCAAAAGUAAAAGUACUCAUCAUGUAGAAAGACUACUGAGAAUUGGCAUCAGAACUUUACAUACUGCUGGGUAGCUCGUGAAUUUCUCCCCAGGAAUCAGUCAAGUCCUAACUUAACCAAUAAUAAUAAUGCAUGAUCAUUUAUUUGUUGAUUAUAUUUCCUCUCGUUAAUCAGAAUCUUCAAAGUAAUUAGUAACUAAAGUUAUAAAAUAAAUGUACUGGAGUAAAAAGUACAACAUUUGCCUGUGAACUGUACAAGAGAAAAAAAAAGUGUAAGGCAGCCUACUCAAGUAGGGAAAGUACUCGUUGUAAACGUACUAAGUUACACGAAUCGUUUUAAAAGGCUGGAUGAGCGCUACGUCCAGGCCAGAGAUAACUGAAGACUUAAACGGAUGUGAUCUUCAACAUCAACCCAGAGAACAGCAUCGCGGACGACACACCUCCGCCGAAGCAGUGAGGAGGAAGGAAGCGGGGACGUGGGCUCCGUGUCUCCACGCGAGGGUCGACGGGAUCAAUACUAAUCGGAACUAUUAAAAGCCUCAACCCCCACCCCGGGGCCGAGUCUCUCUCGGGCCCCACCCCCCUCACUCGAUCCUCCGGUCUCACCUGAGACCGGUUUUGGAGAUGAGGACUCUUCCAGGCUCACCGGUGCUGCGGCUGCGGCUGCUGCUGCUGCUUCUGGCGGGGGUCUGCACUGACGGGUACAAGCCCGUCGUCAUCGUGCAUGGCAUUUUUGACGGACCGGAACAGUUGAAAACUCUGUCUCUUUUCAUAACCAAGGUGCAUCCAGGCACGGAGGUGUCAGUGAUUGACCUGUACAACAACCUGACCAGUCUGUAUCCACUGUGGCGGCAGGUCCAGGGCUUCAGGAAAGCCAUUCGCUCCAUCAUGCGAAAGGCUCCCGAUGGCAUCCAUCUUCUGUGCUUUUCACAAGGUGGUCUGAUUUGUCGCGCACUUCUCUCCACGACUCCGGACCACAACGUGGACACCUUCAUUUCGCUGUCAUCGCCACAGGCUGGGCAAUAUGGAGACACAGACUACCUGAAGAAGGUAUUUCCUGAUUGCGUAAAGAAGGCCGUGUUUGAAAUUUGCUACAACAGAUUGGGACAGACAGUGUCUAUUUGCGAAUACUGGAACGACCCUCACCAUAGGUCCAAGUACGUGCAGAGCAACAACUUUCUGGCGAAGCUUAAUGGUGACAGACCUCACAAUGACAUGAAAGCAUGGAGGGAGAACUUCCUACGCAUCAAGAAGCUCGUGCUGAUUGGAGGACCAGACGAUGGCGUCAUCGCACCAUGGCAGUCCAGCCACUUUGGAUUCUAUGACAGCAAUGAAAAUGUUGUAGAAAUGAGGAACCAGGAGUUUUACGGGAACGACACGUUCGGGCUGAAGGCGCUGGAUGCUCGCGGGGACGUGUCAACGUGCGUUCACUCUGGAGUGAAGCACGUUUACUGGCACUCCAACUAUACAGUGUUCAUGAGCUGCAUAGAGAGGUGGCUCACAUGAGGCCAACUCACCGACAGAGUGUGACAGAUGCUACCGCAUUAUUUAACUGAAAUAGACUUUAAGGUCAACACUGCUGACACCUGCAGACGCUGUGAUGUUUGGGAACACUAUAGAAAUAGCGCCUGCUUGCGCAAAGAUAUGCAGAUGAUUGAUAUUUUAUACACUGAUUACAUGUUGGAUGGAUUGUUAUGAAAUUUGGUACAGAACCUAAUGCUCCCCACAGGAUGAAUUAAUAACUUUGCCGAUCCCCCCUGAACUAAGAACCGGUGCCUAAAGAACAGUUUUACAGAGCCACUGGCAUGGCUGUCGAAUUUUAGUCUUGUUUAAUGUAUUUACGUUAUAUGAUUUUUAUACAAGACAGUAACCACAUGAGGAUGAAAGUGACAAAAACAUACAAAGGAAAAAUUGACCCAAGUCCAGUUUUGCGUGUUCAGCAAUACAAUAGCAGCGUCAAUACAAUAGUUUUUCCUUGGCCCCUCCUUCCCCCUUAUGAAGACAUGGACAGGUGUAUCAGACACAUUUUCCAUAAAUAUUGUACGUUUCCUUGGCCCAUUGCUUCCAAGGUAUAAUUUCCCUACUGAGAAAUUAUUAGGUUUUGAGACAAAACUAAAAUAAAUUAGCUAAGGCUCAAUCCCAAUGAACAUAUUUUUUUUUUUCCAGUGAUCCAUUUUUGUGUCCAGACUUGUAUA